GCGAAAGCGAUUUCCGAAGGUGUCGAGGUGAUCGCUAGUUCUCGUCCGUGCGAAAAUCGGUCGGAUUUUCCGACGUUCGCCAAUCGCGAAAGUUCCUCUGUUCGACUUUGAUGACUCCGAAACUGAUUUUCCACGGAAUCAGAUCGCAGUCGCUUGUUGUGAGUCCACCGCCAAGGAAAGCGUAAAUUGCAUUGGAACGUUUCUGGCGCGUAUUAUAUCGACAUUGUCCUUCGAAACCGCCGAAACUCCUGUCCGACUAUACUUGAAAGUAAUUCUCCGCGAAGUCCGCUUUAUUGUCUGUUAUAAAAGCGGCACCAGAACAGAGACUUGAACGCGCAUUAUUUGACGUCGCUGCGACGACUAAGGCCGACAGAGCUGCUAUUCAAUGCUGGAAAUGAGUUUUCCGCAUGAAGCUGAAAGUCCAGGUUAUUUUCUAUUUCAGCACUAUAUAUAGAUUCGCCAAAUAACGCGACGAAUGACAAAGUCUUGAAAUAGAAGAAAUCAAUUGUUUGACGAAGACUUUUUCUGGAAAAUAUUGAUGUCAUUUUAAAGAAGAGAGCACACGCGGAGGUGUAAAAAGAUAAAAGGCUAAUAUUAAACAACCUAUAAAGAAAAAAAUUAGUUACGUAAAAAAUACGGUGCGACGCUCAUAAAAUACGACCUAGGACAAAGCAGAGGAAAAGACAAAGAUAAAAAAUUGGAAGUUUCGAUCGAAGAAGAAAUUCGGCCCGUCCAGUUUCGGACCAAACAGACCAACUUGCCAAUUGUAUUUUUACCCAAUGACAAUAGCGCGAAGUGUUCGCGUUAGCAUUCAUUGUGAGACCGAGCUGAAGCUAAACGACCGAUGAAACAUUUCUUCCUAAGGAUCAUCUGCGGGAGAAAGCGAGAGAAACGGAAGAAUUCGAAGGCGAGGGAAACGAAACAACGAGUGGUCGUGGAUGACGGACGUUGCGCCUGUUGCCUAGCACCGUUUCUAGUCGGCCGCGGCGUGCGCUGCAGCGAUUGCGGCGCUAGAUCCUGUAGGAAGGCCUGUUCGCGUUGGGACACGUCCGACAAUGCCUGGCACUGCAUAUUCUGCCAUCAACAAAGAUCGUGGCUAAAGAGGAAUGACAAGUGGUUCGACAAUUUCGGCGGCACGGCGAAUGAGGAGGAGGAACUGCAUGGGUACUUCGGCGCCAUCAAAUCGCGCGUCUACGUUGCAGGACAUGCGACCACGAUCUCGAACGUGGAGCAGAUUCAGGAGGACCGGGAAGAGAGGCGCAUGGUGCACGCGGUCCGAAAUUUUGUCGAGAAGAUAGUCGACGGUCUCGUUGAAAACGUAGACGACACGCCGAUCGAUCGACUGUACGGGGACUCUGAGUACGACAGCUUUCUGGAGGAAUAUCGUCCGCCGUUAAUCGCCGCUCUGACUCGAUUGGCUACGUGCCUGAAAGCGUCCCUUACGAACAAACCAUCUACGGAUCCGCCAGCUAUGGCGCACGCGGCGCUCAGAGAGAUCGUCGAACGAGCCGUCGAGGAAGCCCGGAAAUUACCAGGAUUGAGCGCGUCCGCGGAUCCUCCAGAGCAUCCUCCAGAAGGACGCGUCGUCGGGGAUAAUAGUUACGAGGAUCUCCUUGCUACCGCGAUACUUAAUAAGGUUGUCAUCGAAAGAUACCAAAGGGAACGGGUUGACGGCAAUAGCAACGUUCUGCACGACACAGAUUCGCCUAAAGCGAAAUAUACCGCAAACGAGAACGAACAUGGCCUUGAGGAAGAUGCAACGAGUUACGCGUCCGAGCGUCUCACGUGCAACGGCGAUCAUAGCGCGGCGAUCAGGCGGAAUGAAGAUCGUCGGAAACCGGUGUCCUUUACGAUGGAAGAAAGGAUAGAGGAAGUAACCACCAUCACGUCGGACGAUGACGAACUUCGAGACAACGACGCCUUGGCAUUAGGAUGCACCCGGCGCGUACCAUUUCCAGAGUAUGGGAUGGAUAUCGUUGACCCUCCACGGGAAUUACCUUCGCCAUCGCCAUCUUCAUCGUCGGAUUCUUCGGAUUUAAAUCGCAACGAAUAUUCACCGGUCAGGACAAAACGUCACGCCGUUGGUCGCACGAUAGAUAUAGUCUCGCCCAUCGAGUCCUGGGAGGACAAUUGGUUGUUUCAGAAGAAAAAGACUUCCCGGUCGCAGCCGGACGCGGUCGCUAUGUUGGUCCCGAGCUCUAACGCGUAUUACAAGGCUCUGAUCGGCGACCGGGAUGCCGAGGACACGUCCGACCUAUCCGAAUGCUCCUCUACAAAAUCUGACGAAGAGAUCGAAAAGGAACUGAUGGAGGCGAUCAACAACGUGAUUCCGAGGACCCCCAAGAUCUCCGAAUGCGACGGGACAAAUAAUCAAACAAAAAGCAAUCAGGAAGGAGCAACCACGACGCAACAAUUCGAAAAGGAUGAGGUUGAUACCUGCCAAGCGAAAACUGAAAAUAACGUGACUAUUUCCGAGUGUCGAGGCGGAAAGAAUCACGAAGGACUCUUGAAAUCUUCGGAAAUUUCGGAGAAGAAAAUAAACGAACGUAAAGAUGACGAAAGCAAUCGAAAUGAAAGUUUAUUUGCGUUGACAACGGUGGCAAAAGAAGGAGACAAAACCAAAGAGAAGCAUAAGGAUACAGUCGAGCGCGGCGAAAGGACGAUUGCGACCGCGGUGGAAAGUUCUGCGCAAAAGGAAGUAAAGGUGCAAUCCGAGAAAUCAAGUGAGAGGAGCGAUCGAGGGGAAAACGUUGCCGACGAAAAUGAAGAGCAACAAGAGAGCGAAUAUACCGAACAUUACGACACGGCAAUCCAGAGACAUUUAGACAGUUUGACGAAAGUCGAGGUUUGCUCUGGAGAGAGCGAGACCAUCGAUGAAACGAGAAAAACGACGGACGAACAGCCCGGAAAAUUGGAGAACAAUUCGAUCAAAGAACUAAAAAGCGAACGUUCAGAAACCGGAGUCCAAUUGUCUUAUGCAACGAUCGAUGAGAAUCACGCCGACGUGAUGAGCGAAAAUGAUCCAUUAAGCGCCCCUCCACGACCAGGCACAAUAGCGGAACGCGAGCACAAAAAGUGGGAAAAUGCGCCGCCGAUCGAAAACAAUCCCUACAGCGAGGAGAGCAUACGAAAGCGAUGCUUGGAGAGACAAUAUUCGAGAAAUUCGGACAUGCCAGGAGCCCAUUAUGAGUUAACGAAGCUGAACGAAGUGAAUCUGGAGACGCUCCUGACAGCCAGUCGACCGGACAUUAAACGAUUCGGCAGGGAUUACUACAUCAACCAAUCCAAGAUGGCUAGUGGGGAACGGCAGGAACAGGCUAAAUCGGCGAUGUCCUCGAUGUCGAGCAGACCCAGCAGCUCGCUGUCCCAGCGAUCGAGCUGCGCCGGCGACGAGCAACACGAACGACAGGUGAGUCAUGACGAGCUCGAGCAAUUCGAAGCCGCUUCGCUGCGCGGCAGCCUUCCUAGACGAUGCUGCCGCGACCCCCGCGCCAGUCCGCACUUCGCGAUCAACCCUCUCCUGCAUCUGGAGUCCGCGAGCGAUCGAUCGCGCCACGGUGACGGCGAGCGAGCCGAGAAUCUCGUAGGAAACGACGUACGAAUGAUGUACCCCGAGGAAAGGGAAAGCACGAGAGAAGACGCGAGAGAUGAUCGAGGAUUUAAGAAUUCCGUGGAGUCGAAUGUAGGAGCUAUUUUUGAGAGAGAGGAGGACAAUUACAUUCUGGCAGAAAACCUGGAGGUCGGCACGGACUCUCGGAAGUCAGUACCGACAGACUGGAAUCAGCCUUGGGACGCAGAUCGCGAGGGCGAAGAGCCGAUAGUACCGCGGUACGACAAUCGCGCGGGUUCACCAGGCGAUGGAGACGAUCGCGACCCGGGCGACCACGACUCCGGGAUGUGCUCGAUCGGCUCUCGCGAUUCGGAGAGCAGCGAACGCGAUCGCUGGCGACGGUUGUAUCGGGUGGCGGAUAACGAUCGUCCGGGCGAUAACGGGCAAAUAUCGUCGGUCGGUGGCAGGAAGUUCUGGACCACCAGCGGAUACAAAUACCAUACGUUCGGUGGCAUCAGAUUCCGGCCGAGGAAGACGGAGGAACUCGACGAUGAUUUCGAGGACGAAUCGGCCUCGCUGGAGGAUGAUCGCGAUCCGUUCGACGAUCGCAGCCCGGAGUUUGCGAGAUUGAAGUUUCAGACCUUCGGCGGAAUCAAGAGGAGUAGGAAGAUCGACAGCAGAAGGAUUCCGAACUACAGGAGGAUCCGACUGAGACCGAUUCUAUCAGAAGCUGCGUCUGUUAUUCCCGGCACUGAAGACGGCCGCGAUUUCGUCGAAACGGAAAAAUCGGCAAACCUCAAAAUACACUGUAACGUUAAUUCAGGAAGUUGCGAUCAGCCGACAAACUUGAAUCGUUCUACGAGUUUCGAAGGAUUCGCUAGCUUCGAACACUCGACGAGCUCAACUUUUGAGGAAAGCGACUGGCAGGACGAGAAAAACGACGUUACGAAUGAUCGGUUAUCUACGGGAUACGCUCAAAUUGGACGCAACAGAAAUCGAACGAGUGCUUUCAGAAUGAGCUCUAUGACGAAACGCAGGAAUCUAAUUCGUAAGAAGAACAUAAAUUCACCUUCCGUCUGGUCUUUGCCGAACGAGAACGAUGAGUGGCAGGAUGAGAUCGAUUGUGCCUCCGACGAAAUUAUAAUGAACAAGUUCCUGAAGGAUGUCUCGCGAAGACGGAAAGCGUGCGCGUUCAACGAUGACAAUGUCGCAGCGCGAGGAAGAGGAACAAGACCUGAAAGGCAUCGGGAAGUCCUUGAAGACGUUAACAAUGGAAAGUUAGGAAAAUCGGUAACCAGGAAUGUUGAAAGGAAUCUAGAAAGCUCGGAGGAAUCUCGGCAAGAAGGGAAAGGCGAUGAUAAGGGACGAUGCAAGAAGUUGUAUGUGAGAAGUUUGACCGACGUCACGAUAUGGUGAUGAUAAGGAGAAAGGCUGACUUAAAAAUGGAAUAAGAAGAGAAUGUACACGAUGCUAGUAAUUGUGACAUGAUUGCCAUGAAGUAAUGUCGUAAAAAAAAUACGAAGUAUUUCAACAGAAAUAAUUUUAGAGAUAUUUACAGUCAUAUUAUCUCAAAUUCUCUUAUUUUAUUUCUCUAAAAUUCUUAUCACGAUUGAUAAGAGAAAGUAAGAGAUAACGUGCUUCAAAAUGAAUUGAUCAUUAUGGGUAUCACUAUUGUGUUUCAAAUGAAGUGAAGAGGAAACGACAUUCUACAUAUUCUGAGACGACGCGAAUCUUAGAAAUUCAGAAUGCGAGCGAUAUAAUUGGUGGAUUUAGUUAACGGUUAGAGAUUCAUUAAGAAUUAUUUGAUAAUUGUUAUAUAAAUAUAUAGUUAAUGUAAUUUUUUUCCGGUGCAAUAAUGUACCUGAGAGAAUGCGAAUGCAUUCGUGCUAAUAUCGUAACUCCGUGGCCAUAUUCUUCGAAAUAAUAUAGUGCCAUGGCGCGAUGCGCUAAUAUUAAGUGUCAUAUACAGGAUUAAUGAUUGAAAGUCCAUAUUUAUACAACGUUAAGUGGUUUGCAAGUGGCAAAUAAAUACGGGUGCAUAAAAAUCUAAAAUGUGUAUCACGAUAAUGCUGACCUCCCGCUCCUUAACAGAUUUCUGAUUAAUUAUCUGCAUUUCGUUACGUUUAUUACGCGAGAUCGUUCUGAAUCAAAAACAAAACGCAAAAAGCAAAACUAAUAAAUAAAUUUUUGCAUGUAAAUUUCUAAUA